AUGGCAAGUGCGAUUCUUGACUCUGAAAAUGCCGGCAUGCCGGACAUUGUCACCUCGUACGAGAGAUACAUCGAAAUUGCCCUAGAGGACGUGGCCCUGUAUGAUAAGGAGAUGAGCCUGAGCUGGAAACAGGUCCGCCAACGGCAGUUCGUCCAUUUCCUCAUCCCUACGAUCCACCCCAACAUCCCCCUCGCGGCUGUGAUCCGCUUUAUCGAACGCCUCAGGGACCACGAGGACAUCGUCGUGGCGUUCCAGUACGAGAUGAACGGGGAGAGCCCGGAGCGGCAGCCACCGGCACACCGGAUCCAGGACCCUGCCGCCCUUGAGCUCUUCGGACAGUUUACUACUACCAUCCCGCUACUGCGCCGGGGCACUGACAAGCCGUUCUGGUGGCCGGUGACCGAGACCCGAGAGGCUACUAACCCGUCCGCACUUCGCAGCACACAUUGGCAGCCCGAAACUCAUUUGGGCAAUGAUUGUAGGGAGCACAUCGACGGGAUGCUUUUUGGUCAGUUCAACGAUGAAGCGUACCCGGCAGGUGUUGCGGCAGACCCGGUGGCUGUUCUGGUCGGGCUGAUCGACUGGGAGAGCAGCAUUGACUUGUUGGCUCUACUGGGGCAGAUCCUCCGUGAAGAGGGAUUUGAGGAUCUUUCAUUCCUCAUGGCAGGUCUCAAGGAGAGUAUGGCAGUGGAGUGA